AUGGCAACGGCGACUGUCUCGACGUCGGACAAACUACUUCAUAAACCGACCAGCAAAAGUUCGUCGACGACGGAGGCAACGCUACAAUCACUGUACAACCGUGCGGCGAGAGCAUUCCUUCACCGAGACGUCGCAAUCACGUUCACACUAUCAAGCGCUGCAUUCGCGCUCCUCCCACCUCCCCUCGUGCCCUCGCCUGAUCCCCUAGAUGUCCACCGGAGAAAGUGGGACAUCCUUCGCAUCACCCUUGAGACCACCGUCUUCUCUUCUACUCCAGACCUCGUUGAUUUACCACAGCCACUCCGAGAAUCCCUACUCUUGUCUCCCCAAUCAUUUAUUUCCAAUUUGUAUGCUCGAUCUCUCGCUUUGUUUACUCCUUCAUCACUCAUCCAGCAUCAAGAUAGAUUGUCCAAAUAUUGGCCGCGAGAUCACAGUGAAUCGUAUCACAAAGUUCUGGAACUCUACUGCUUGCAUGUCUUGCCUCGUUUGGGCGAGUGGGAAUAUGUCAAAGAAUUUCUGUCAUACGAGAAUGAGCUCUCGUCUGACAAAAGACGCGAACUUCAUUUGGCUCUUGAGGCUCAACAUACUCAAGCGCUAGAGAGUACAAAGCGGGAGACGCCAAAACACGAGCCUCCUCCCUCCCCUAUACCAAUACCUCCACUCCGUUCUCUAUCCUCAGCAUCUUCCUCCUCCUCUCUAUCCACCACAUCCACCCGCACCGCAGUUCCAGCAUCCCAUCGUCCAAAACUUACCCGCCAACAAUCCGCAUCUUCCACCUCUGCAGUUUCAGACGUCACGGUAACUAGAUCCCCUCGCCACCACCACAACCAAAGCAUGCCACAAGGGAGUUCAAGUGCCAGUGCUGUUCACAUCUCCCACCUCCCUCCAGUCGACCACAAUCUCGCGACUGCACAGCCCCCAACCUCCCUAGUAUUCAUUCGGUCUUAUUUCAACCACUAUUUCACCGCAAACAGAAUAGCCACUCUAUCGGUUUUGUUCUUCCUAGUUCCCCUACUGUCUUUGGUCCUUCGGAGACGGCGGCGCUUAGAGACACCUGCGGACUGGUACGGAGGAGAUUAUUCGAAACACGUGGCGAUUCGAUUGUGA